AUGGUGAUAUGCUAUGAGAAAGAUACCGACAUCGAAAGUAAUAGUGACUACUACGAUGGUGCGGAAUACUCGAAGAACUGGUAUCUGACGGCAGCAACUGACGAUGAUUUAAUAUCGGGCAGUGAAAAGGAUGAUAGUAUGAUGUGUUGUUGUAGCAAGUGUUGCUUCAAGUGUGGAACUUGCCAGGGUUGUUGUCAACGAGAGGAAUACAGUGCUACUACAACAGUGGAGUGUUUUUUGUGUUUUUAG